AAGUUUUCGCACGGAAGUCCCGAGCGCACGCGCGCCUGCUAGUUUCUUUCCGGGAGAUUCCGAGCAGGGAGUGGGGCCUGCAGUGCAUUCUGGGGAAGUCUCUGAGCCUCCGGCUUUGUUUCCGGCGGAGGAGUUGCGUUUCGUUUCCCCAGGGCCCGCACAGGCACCGCGGUUCCGCGGUUCCGGGGUUCCGGCCUCCCCGCGGAGGCGCCUCCGCUUUCUACCUCGGUGUUGGGCUUGUGGGGGCUCCUCCCGCCGCUCGCCAGCAUGUCUGGGGUGCGCGCUGUGCGGAUCAGCAUCGAGUCGGCCUGCGAGAAGCAGGUCCAGGAGGUGGGCCUGGAUGGCACUGAGACGUACCUGCAGCCGCUGUCCAUGUCGCAGAACCUGGCGCGUCUGGCCCAGCGGAUCGACUUCAGCCAGGGUUCGGGCUCCGAAGAGGAGGAGGCGGCGGGGGCCGAGGGCGAUGCGCAGGACUGGGCGGGCGCCGGGUCCAGCGCCGACCAGGACGAUGAGGAAGGGUUGGUAAAAUUUCAGCCUUCCCUUUGGCCUUGGGACUCAGUGAGGAACAAUUUGAGAAGUGCCUUGACAGAGAUGUGCGUUCUCUAUGACGUUCUCAGUAUUGUUAGGGAUAAAAAAUUUAUGACUCUUGAUCCCGUCUCUCAGGAUGCACUUCCUCCAAAACAGAAUCCUCAGACACUGCAGCUGAUAUCUAAAAAGAAGUCACUUGCUGGAGCAGCACAAAUCCUAUUGAAGGGGGCAGAAAGACUGACUAAAUCAGUUACUGAAAACCAAGAAAAUAAGCUACAAAGAGACUUCAACUCUGAGCUUUUGAGAUUAAGGCAACAUUGGAAACUUCGAAAAGUUGGAGAUAAAAUUCUUGGAGAUCUCAGCUACAGAAGUGCAGGAUCUCUCUUUCCCCAUCAUGGUACCUUUGAAGUAAUAAAGAAUACAGAUAUUGAUCUGGAUAAGAAAAUACCUGAAGAUUACUGUCCUCUUGAUGUUCAAAUCCCUAGUGAUUUAGAGGGAUCUGCAUAUAUCAAGGUUUCAAUUCAAAAACAGGCUCCAGACAUAGGUGAUCUCGGCACAGUUAACCUCUUCAAACGACCUUUGCCCAAAUCCAAACCAGGUUCCCCACAUUGGCAGACGAAAUUAGAAGCAGCACAAAAUGUUCUCUUGUGUAAAGAGAUUUUUGCACAGCUCUCUCGGGAAGCUGUUCAAAUUAAAUCACAGAUUCCUCACAUUGUGGUGAAAAACCAGAUUAUCUCUCAGCCCUUUCCAAGCUUGCAAUUAUCUAUUUCUUUGUGCCAUUCCUCAAAUGAUAAGAAAUCCCAAAAAUCUGCUACUGAGAAGCAAAGUCCGGAGGACCACCUUUAUGUCUUAGAGCAUAAUUUGCAUCUACUGAUUAGAGAGUUCCAUAAACAGACCUUGAGUUCCAUCACGAUGCCUCAUCCAGCAAGUGCACCUUUCGGCCACAAGAGAAUACGACUUUCAGGUCCUCAAGCUUUUGAUAAAAAUGAAAUUAAUUCAUUACAGUCCAGUGAAGGGCUUCUGGAAAAAAUAAUUAAACAAGCAAAGCAUAUUUUUCUGAGGAGUAGAACUGCUGCAACCAUUGACAGCUUAGCAAGUCGCAUUGAGGAUCCUCAGAUCCAGGCUCACUGGUCAAAUAUUAAUGAUGUUUAUGAAUCUAGUGUGAAAGUUUUAAUCACAUCACAAGGUUAUGAACAAAUAUGCAAGUCCAUUCAGCUGCAAUUGAAUAUUGGAGUUGAGCAGAUCCGAGUGGUACACAGAGAUGGAAGAGUAAUUACACUCUCUCAUCAGGAGCAGGAGCUGCAGGAUUUCCUUCUGUCCCAGAUGUCACAGCAUCAGGUACAUGCAGUUCAGCAGCUAGCCAAGGUCAUGGGCUGGCAAGUACUGAGCUUCAGUAAUCACGUGGGACUUGGUCCCAUAGAAAGCAUUGGCAAUGCCUCCGCUAUAACAGUGGCCUCCCCCAGUGGUGACUAUGCUAUUUCAGUUCGUAAUGGCCCUGAAAGUGGCAGCAAAAUUAUGGUUCAGUUUCCGCGAAACCAGUGUAAAGACCUUGCAAAAAGUGAUGUUUUACAAGAUAACAAAUGGAAUCAUCUUCGUGGACCAUUCAAAGAAGUUCAGUGGAAUAAAAUGGAAGGUCGAAACUUUGUUUAUAAAAUGGAGCUACUUAUGUCUGCACUUAGUCCUUGUCUAUUGUGAUUUUUUUCCAGAAGAGUUUCCAGGUUUUUUUUCCCUAGGAAAGUUUCCAGAAACUUUGACUUGAGGUAUUUGCAGAUCAACUAUAAGCAAAAGGAAGAGAAAUCUUCCAAAGCAGUACUGUUUUUUAAAAAGCAUCAAUUAGCAAACAUUUACCUAACAUUUUGGAACCUUCACUUUAUAAGUGACAAAUGCUUUGAAAUGUAGAAAUUUAUGUACAGUUAUAGGGUAUACAGUAUGGGGAAAUGUAAAAUAAUUUUUUUAUGCAGUUAACUUGUACGGGUUUGAACAUGCUUUUUAAAAUAUGCCUUUGAUGUUGCCAUCAAAUAAAACAUGGUUAAAAAUUUCA